CCCCUUGCUUACAGAAACCACCUUGACAUUAGAGUCCCCUCAGUGUAACAGCUUCCUUGCUUGGACAACAGUUACCAAAAGAAUUUUCUACUCGGUUUACUCUGAUGCUUGCUUCUGAGUCGAUGGUGAAAACUUCUGAGUCUAGGUGACUGGAGGGAGGGCCUGGGUUAAUGUCACUCAAAUCACAGUGUUUCCUCCUCCUCCCCUUAGGAAGUAAAGUCCACUCAACCUCACAGACUUAGAAGGCUCGCUUGUUUUUGCUGUGCAGCGGAAUGAAAUGCCUUAAAAAAAAAACAGUGACUUUCUGAAAACUCGUAGACUUUCUUUUCCUUCCCAGAUUGCCUCAUCUGGAUUCCUUUGCCGAACACCACAUCAAAGAGACCGACCAUCAUGCGGCGGAGGGCAGGGAAGGCCCGGCCUUACACUAAAGCCCUGGAUGGAGGUUGGGGAUGGAUGGUUGUAUUUCAUUUCUUCCUGGUAAAUGUGUUUGUGAUGGGAAUUACCAAGACGUUUGCAAUUUUCUUUGUGGUUUUCCAAGAAGAAUUUGGAAGCAGCUCAAGGCAAACUGGCUGGAUUGGAUCCAUCAUGUCAUCAAUUAGUUAUUCUGCAGGACCUCUGGCUGCCAUGAUUUGUGACAUAAUCGGAGAGAAGACUGCCUCCAUUCUUGGGGCUCUCCUUGUUACUGGUGGAUAUCUGAUCAGCAGCUGGGCCACUGGCAUUCCCUUUCUUUGUGUGACUAUGGGACUUUUACCUGGUUUGGGUGCUGCUUUCUUGUACCAAACAGCUGCUGUGGUAACUACCAAAUACUUCAAAAAACGACUGGCUCUUUCUACAGCUAUUGCCCGUUCUGGGAUGGGACUCACAUUUCUCUUAGCACCUUUUACAAAAGUCCUGAUAGAUCUGUAUGACUGGACAGGUGCCCUUAUACUACUUGGAGCACUUGCACUGAAUUUGGUGCCUUCCAGUAUGCUCUUAAGACCCAUCCAUAUUGCAAGCGAGAACAAUUCUGAUGUUAAAAAUAGAGGUAGCCGCUUGUCUACAAGUAACCCAGGGGCAGUGUGUGAGACAGAAACGUCAUCCUGCAAUGAGACACAAGAGGUCACCACCAUCAGGGACAGUGCUAUGCAGAAGGCUGGACAACCUGGUCCAAGUUUAAUAGUGUCACAAAAUAAAAGCAAAGAGUUCAACAAUGGGCCUGAUGGAAACAGUGUGUUCCUAGUAACUAAUGAAGACAGUUAUGAGAAAGAGGCUAUUUCACGGAGCUGUAAGCAAAACUUCUUCGACAUUUCCCUUUUUAAAAAUCCCUUCUUCUACAUAUUUACCUGGUCUUUCCUCCUCAGUCAGUUGGCAUAUUUCAUCCCUACUUUUCACCUGGUAGCCAGAGCCAAAACACUGGGGAUUGACUUCAUGGAUGCCACCUUCCUCGUUUCGGUAGCUGGCAUCACUGAGACAGUCAGUCAAAUAGUCGCCGGAUGGGUUGCUGAUCAAGACUGGAUCAAGAAGUAUCAUUACCACAAGUCUUACCUCAUCCUCUGCGGUUUCACUAACCUGCUUGCUCCUCUGGCCACCACAUUUCCACUACUUAUGACCUAUGCCAUCUUCUUUGCCGUUUUUGCUGGUGGUUACCUGGCAAUGGUACUUCCUGUACUGGUUGAUCUGUCUGGGAGUUCUAGAAUACACAGUUUCCUGGGACUUGCCGCUUUCUUUGCUGGGAUGGCUAUCCUUUCUGGACCACCUAUAGCAGGCUGGUUAUAUGAUUACACUCAGACCUACACUGGCUCCUUCUACUUCUGGCACAUGUUAUCUCCUCUCUUCGGUCUCCUUUUUCUUUGUACCCUUGGCUGAGAGGUGGAAAAAACAGAGCCUGACCAGGAAGA